AUGAGCUCGGAUGGGUACUUUGAAGGCGACGACGACCUCGACUUGUCUGCUCUGCAGCAGCUAGAUGCUAUUGAAGCAGCUCAUUUUUCACCUCGCAAAACGGAACAACAGCAACAUAUUUCUACAUCCCCUAUUCCCCCUGCCAAAACCUCCAGGAAAUCAUCUUCCGAUUCGUCCUUCUAUGACCUGACAUUUGAUGUCGACGAGACCGAUUUGGCUAAACUAGAUACGUUCAUCGAAGAUUCGUACGCUGGGAAGGCACAGCCUGUUGCUGGACCUAGCAAGAUUGCACGCACGUCUUCGAAAAACAUGUUACAAACCACGCUAUUUGGAGAUGUUCUUCCGCCCUCGUCAUCCGUUAAUCCUAAUAAGCCUUCAAGAUCUCAGGCAGAGAAACCUCAGACAGAACGGCGCCUCUUUGGACAGCAGGCUCCGAAGACGAAAAGGUGGGAUCAGACUGCAUAUGCAAAGAGUGGCACGAGGAAGAGUAAAGGGAAAGGGAAGGAAAAUCAUGACUCUGACGAAGAGAAUGUCGAAUUUGAGCAAUUUCCUGCUCCGUUUAUCUCAGACCGGUAUGCCUUGUUGCAUUUGACGCCCCCUCCCAUGAAGGUGACCGCCGACCUUCUCGAAGCCAAGCACUGGAUAUACCCUAUAAACCGGCCGAAAAGAGACUAUCAAUAUAAUAUCGUCAAAAACUCCCUUUUCGAGAAUACUCUUGUUGCUCUACCAACUGGGUUGGGUAAAACUUUCAUCGCAGGUGUUGUGAUGCUUAAUUACUACCGAUGGUUUCCGGAUGGGAAGAUAAUAUUUGUCGCACCUACCAAACCUCUAGUUACUCAACAGAUCGAAGCUUGUCAUGAUACCUGUGGUAUACCAAACAUUGACAGCGCGGAAUUGAAUGGAGAGGUUCCAGCUGCCACACGGGCUAGAUAUUGGAGAGAAAAACGGGUGUUCUUCAUGACACCUCAGACUUUGAUGAAUGAUUUGGUGAAACAAAACUGCGAUCACAGAGAAAUUGUCUUGCUGGUUAUAGAUGAGGCCCAUCGUGCCAGUGGAGACUAUGCCUACAACCAAGUUGUCCGGUUUUUGAUGGCCAAAAAUCCUCAUUUCAGGGUCCUUGCUUUAACUGCUACCCCUGGUAACACUGUUGAAGCUGUUCAGACAUUAAUUGAUGGAUUGCACAUCAGUCGAAUUGAACUCCGUAAUGAAGAAAGUGUUGACCUCCAGAAAUAUCUUUUUAAAAAGACAGUAGUAACUCAUAUAAUCAAACCCAAUGAAGAUCUUAUGAAAAUCAGAGAUCUUUUGGUCAAAGUUAUGGAUCCUCAUAUUAAACAACUAAUCAAAUUCAAUGUGCUUCGGCCCAACGAAUCUGCAAUUUCUAUGCACCCAUUCCGACCACAGGCCCUGAUGUCGGAAUCGGGACCUCAACAUUUCACUGCUUUGUCUGCUCUGUCUAAACUUGCCAGAGUAAUGAUGUAUCUUCUAACGGGUUCGUUCGAGACCUGUUAUUUGUUCCUCAAUGAACUACGAACUGAGGUCGACAAGGACAUCCCGGGAGCUGCGAGGCAGAAUAAUAGCAGUAAACGAUUCAAAAACGACCCAGGAUAUGUUGCACUCAUGAAGGAGGUUGAGGCACAACGACAGGCUGGUUGGGGCAUUCACCCCAAAAUUGAAAAGUUGAAAACUAUUUUAAUUCAGCACUUUGGCUCAAAAUUAGCCGACAACAACGGUGAAGAGGAUACCAGUAAAGUCAUGGUUUUCUCUUCCUAUCGUGGGGUCGUGCAGGAGCUGGUGAACGAAUUGAAUAAAGAGAGUCCUCUUAUUCGAGCAACGGAGUUUAUCGGUCAAGGUACUGAUAAACAGGGAAAAAAGGGUCUUCAGCAAAAAGAGCAGCUUGAAGUUAUCAAGAAGUUCAAACAAGGUGUUUAUAAUGUCUUGGUUGCAACGUCUAUUGGUGAAGAGGGUCUUGACAUCGGUGAAAUCGAUGUAACCGUGUGUUAUGAUACUGAUAAGACACCCACUCGAAUGAUUCAACGUUUUGGGCGAACAGGUCGCAAACGCGCUGGAUUCAUUCACGUCUUACUAGCCGAAGGACGUGAAGAAAACAAUGUUGAGAAGGCAGAAGCAAUGUAUAAGGAGGUGCAGAAAAUGGUCAACAAAGGACAACUGUACGAGCUAUAUGAAGACGUUGAGCGUCUCAUCCCGGACCAUAUAAAACCGGAGUGUAUCGAAAAGGUUGUCGAGAUACAGCAAUAUGUCAGAGAAGACGGACGUAAGAAAGCGUCUCCAAAGAAAACUGCUGCGACAAAGAGGAAGCGAAACGAUGAUGUGGGCAGAAAUAUACCUGAUGGCGCUAGCACUGGUUUUGUUUCUGUACGAGAUCUUGUGGUCAAAGGUGCCAAGAAGACAAAAAAGGUCACCUUACCGAAGGACUUUGACGCUCUUGGGAAAGACGAUGAGACCGACGAAGAACUAGAAUCAGGUAGCAUCCUUCCCCUUCCCCGUCGAACGCAGUCUGCUAUUCCAGGUUCUUCAAAGGCUCAAAAGCCUGCAGCUAAGGGCAAGCUCAGGAAAGCAGCCACACUUGGUGGCACAAAGGCUUCGAAACCAGUAAAAAAGAAGACGAUGGAGAUACCAACCUCAAGUCAAUUUUCACAGCAAGGAAUGGAUGAUUCAGAUGAUAUGGACAUUGAGUCUGGUAUUAUCUCGCUCACAAAUAAAGGUAAAUCAAAUACCCAGUCGAAAGCCCCUGUGAAUAUGUCACCAACACCUGAGCCAUCGCCAAAGCGGAUGAAAAGGCUAGAUGAUUCUGUGAUAGAGCUUUUCGAUGAAUCUGGUGAAAGCCAUGCCUCCCCCAUCCGAAGAAGGUUUCUCCCCCGAAAUCGCAGCUCAACCCCGGAGAACACACCCGAUGACGCAGUCCAGGUUCCCAGUCCACCUCAAGAAAAUCCUGACGAGGAACACAAUCAAGACAUGUCGUGGUUAGUUGACGAAGACGACGACAAUCUUAAUUUUGAGAUCGUCGAUUCUUCUCCCAUCCGUCCCAAACUAAAAAACCCUCCUGCUCUCGAGCGAAUGCAAAUCGGAGACGAAUCCAUUGAGAUAUCGCAUCCUAUUCCUAGAGACGAGGACAUGUAUGUGGAAACAUCAGAUCCACUUGAAGCAUUGGAAGACGAUUCUAUUCAAUUCCUCGGAUCAACUUCAACUCAAGUAAGGCCCACUAAAACCCAGCAACGCUCUAGCCAAGCGUUGCCAAUCCACUCCAAGGAAAUACUGUCUUCACCGCCUAGUCAUUCAACAUCUCCUGCACAGACGACGCGCAAAGCAUCAAUGCUCCCUCCUCCUGUUCCAAAACGACUGCUGGUGUCUCCCACAAUACCAGAAUCAUCCUUCCCUGUACGUCCUGUCGGAAAUCAGGCGAAGAGACGUCGAAUUAUUUUUGAUGAACCCGAGUCUCCGAUCGUAGAGACUUCUCCUCGAGGCAAUCGUCGUCUGCAUCAUCGUGUCGAGUCCACUCCAAUUCGACAGAAACCAAAAACUAAGGGGAAAGAAAAGGCCCAAUCAAAACGGGCAAAGCCCACGAUUCUUGGUCGAAAUGCGAACGCAUUGUUUGAUGGAGAAGCAGCUCACUCUGGUGAUGAUGUCAGCGAAGGAGAUUCUAACAGCGAAGACGACGAGGAGAGCGAGUCGGAUCGAAUGUUCAUAAAGAACUCACCCGCCACUCAAAUGUCUCCAUCAUACGAACAGAGCCAGAUAUACCGUCGCAGCUUGCUUACGCAGGUUCCAGGGGAACAUGGAGGGCCCAUAUUUGCUAACAACCCCAUACGCGCACGACCAUUUGGAAGAAAUAAUGGUCCACGAUACCAGGAAUUGUCCUCCAGUUCACCACCACCGCCAGACGACGAGCUGGAUAGAUACGACCUGGGAAGCUUUGUUGUCGAUGACGACGAACCAAUAUCAUAG